AAUACUCUUUAUUUAAUGUGAUAAAAUCAUGUUAUUUAAUAUUGUCUCUGCUGCAUAAAAAUAGUCUACAAGUUUGUGAGUUGUUUAUAACAAUGCCAGUGUUGAUGGAAUAUUUGAUGAAUACUGUUAUUUUUCGCUUUUUUUUUCAUGUUCUUUUUAGUCGAUCUCUAUCUGGGAUAAUUGUUCGAACGCUUCCAUGGAAAAAUUUCUACUUCGGUGCAAAAACUGAAGCAGAGCCCAUUGAGUUGCCAAAAAAAUAAUAAUAGUAAUUGUACGUGAAUAGGGAAGAACUGCAGCCCAAGUGUUUGACGAUAUUCCUAAAACAACUGAGUAAUUUUGUCUUCUUUUUCCAGCAAUCCCAGAGAUAAUCUAGAUUGAACAAUAUAUUAUGCAUUGUACAUCAUUUUGUUAAAGAGCAAGGACUUACCCGGAAGAAACUACCCCCGUUGAGCUGCUCCAAACAACUCAUAUAAAUUCAGUCAACAUACAAGCCAAAUAUUACCAACUUUGCUACAUACAUUGAUGUUGACACUGGGAAGGGACAAUAAACUAUAUAUGUGGAUGAAGCAUUUUGUAUGAUUGAUAGAGAUGUUCAAUAUGAUCAGGAAGACGGCAGGUUAUGCUUGAAUCUUUCAAGUUUUGAAAUGCCAGCAAGCAAACUCCUUGCAAAAGGAACUAGCAGUCUUGGCAAUGGAAAUGAUAAUCAUGCUCAAAACAAUUUAGAUGUCGAGAUCGACAACUUAAAUUCAGAUAUGGUUAGUAGGCCAGCAGAGGAUAUCCCACUGCUGGGUCCAAAAGAUGAGAAAUCCAAAGAAGCAUCUCAGUUUGAGAUUGUCAGAAUCCUACUAAUAUUGACUCAUGAUAGACAAUGCGCCUGUGUAUGGACAAAUAAAAGGAAUAAAAGGCUGUAUUUUGGACAGUGCAACGGAAAGCUUUGCUACUUGAUUGAAAGUGAGAAACGGUGGUUGCGACUCUCCCAUUUAAGGGUUUUGCUUGCUCUCGUCCUGGUGUUUCCUCUGUUCCAGAAGGAUUUAGAAGUUGUUGGGGAAGCAUACUCUGCAUAGGGAGGAGAUGGAAUGGGUGAAUGAAACAUGUGAUGAGUGCAAGAAAGACUGUCUGUUGAUUCAUGGAAAGAGGGUUCCUUCUUUCUCGAAAGCAAUGACUGACAAAAGUUGCUUACAAGUUCUGAUUUUCCCCCCGAAGUUUGCUCAAUCAGUUUCCCACCUGACUGAUCAGGAAACUUAUCUGGAGGAUUCAAGUGGGCUGCGAUGGAGGGUAACAGUGUGUAACCAUAAUGGUUCACUUGCUAUCCGACAGGGAUGGCCUGAAUUUUCAUCAGAACAUGGUCUGGAUGUGGAUGACCUCUUGGUUUUCCACUAUACUCCAGGUCAGCACUUCAUUGUUCAAAUAUUUGGUACAAACGGUUGUGAAAAGAUCAUGUUCUGCUGUGACAUUGACAAGGGGAAAAAAAGAGCAAGGACUUACCUGGAAGAAACCACCCAAGUUGAGCUGCUUCAAACAACUAGUGUAAAUCCAGUCAAGAAAAAGAGUAAAACAUCUGCUGCAUCAGAGUCUGAAAAGGUAAUAUACAAGCCAAAUAUUACCAACUUUGCAACAGACGUUGAUGCUGACACUGGAAAGAGACAAUUAACUAUAUAUGUGGAUGAAUUAUUGGGUAUGAUUGAUAGAGAUUCUCAACAUGAUCACGAAGAGGGCAGGUUGUGCUUGCAUCUGUCAUGUUUUGAAUUGCCAGCAAGCAAACCUCUUCCAGAAGGAACUAGCAGUCGUGACAAUGGAAAUGAUAAUCAUGUUGAAACCAAUUUAACAGAACCACAUUUAGAUGUUGAGAUUGAAAACUUAAAUUCAGAAGCACAGUUGCCAAAGUUUGAGGCUGGAAUCAGGGCAACUGAUAUGGUUAGUAAACCAGCAGAAGAUAUUCCACUGCUGGGUCCAAAAGAUGAUAAAUCUAAAGAAGCAUCUCAGUUUGAUUCAGGAAAGGAGUAUGCAAAUGGUAAUGAAAAAAUCAUCAAAAGUAAGUCUGUUGGUUUAGGAGACACACCAUCUUUUCCUGCAAUCAACUAUGCAUGUUUGGUGCCGGUCAAUGGUCGAGAUUAUCUGGAAUUACCAGAAUCCUGGGCAGAUUUACUGCAAAAGCCAACACGGGGAAGGUGGAUUAUUUUUCUUCGAGGACUGGACAAAAGAAUUUGGCCCGUCUUUUAUCAUAGCAGAUCAGGUGUUAAUGUUUUGACAUGUGGAUGGGAGAAAGUUGCUGCAGCUUAUGGCAUCAAUGCGGAAGAUGAUUGUCUUUUUCAACUUGCAGAUAAGCAGAAACAUAUAUUUGAUAUAUGCAAAAUCUGAAAGUCCUGAAGUAAGAUGCCAAAAGAACUACUUGGGGUCGAUCACCUUAUACAACAAUAACAAGGGGAAUGAAAAGGAAGCUAUGUCUGUUUCUCAUUAAUGGUUUUUUGAACAACAUUUAACUGUUGUUUUGUUGGGUCAUAUAUUUUGUACUAUCAUUUUGAAGUUGCGCGCUAUGUUUUGAUACUAAAUCUUUAACUUUG